AGUUUAAUUCGAGAAUCCCCGCAGCGCUAGUGAAUGAUACGAGUUACGUUGCAUGCCUAUAAAUGAGGGGACAGCGCGUAUUUAUUUGCUUCAGCUAUGUGAUGAAUUCUCUCAUCCCUCCUGUAGAAAUCUUGGUUGAAGUUUGCGUUUGCGCAUUCGACUGAAAAGCGGGGAGAGGAGCCGCGGAAAAGAAAGCACUGAUCGUUGGGUUUAAAAUGCAGCGGUGACACUUAUUCAGCCCACAUAAGGGAACUGGACGCUUCACAAAGGACAGGGCUGAACCUCUUCGCACUGUCAUGGAAUACAGUCACAUCACCCAGAUAAUGAUCAUGGCAAUUUUGCUGGCCUAUGGUGCAGUGCGAGGAGAUGACAGCAGCGUGGAUGGAGGCGAAGGAAACGCAGAGACGGAUUCGUCGCUGUACGCGAAGCGCCAGUCGAUGUGGUUUGGGCCACGCCUCGGGCGCAACAAGCGCACCCAGUAUGACAUCACCCUGGGCGCAGGCAAUGAUAACAGCCUGCUGCCGCCGCCACACGAAAACAUUCUCGACUUACUGCGCGACUCCAACUGGGCUAUCAUACCUGUCACUAGCGGUGACAGCAGCGAGCCGUCGUGGGUGUCGCGACUGGGUCGCACCGAGGAUGACGAGGAGGCGAUGGAAGCGUCGCGAUCCCCCCCUUUCGCCCCCCGCCUCGGCCGGCGACGCCAUCUUGUGUCGGCGCAGUUUGCACCACGACUCGGUCGCACCUACGUCACAACUGCCAAUGCCGGCUCAGCCCACCACUCAUAACUCUACUCAUUCACCUCUCAUUUCUGUAGCGAGUUAUUUCAAUAAAAUCCGUUAGAUAAUUGAGGUCAGAAAAUUAUAUGAUAACUGUUCAGCUCUUAUUUCUGUAAUUAUCUUAUUCUGAUACGUCAAAUCCAUUAAAUACUUGAGGUUCAGAAAAGCCUAUAAUUUGAUUUUGUAACUAAAUCCAAUCAACUACUAUUGUUCGAGGUUAUUGAGGUCCAGAAUACUCCAGGUUCCACUAUUGAAUACUUGAGGUUCAGAAAUUUCUAUUAUUUGAUUAUGAUCAUUUGACUAUAUUUAAAAUCCAAAAAACUAGAUCCUAUCAACUACUACUGACUAAACUACUAUAUUGUUUCAUAAUGGUUUGAGUUAAGAAAAUCAUGUUAUUAAAACUGUGUCUGUAAAGAAAUAAAAACCAUUGAUAUAUACAAA